AUGUGGCUAGACGAGGCGGACGGCUUCGCCGAGAUUUUUAAGGGUUACUUACCCUAUUACUUGCUUGUGGCUCUACCUAUUUUUAUCAUAAUGUCGCCUGUGAACCCGGUCGCUGCUUCUCAUGAGUUUUCCGUGUACAGAAUGCAACACUACGACUUACACACCGUUCCCCAUGGAUGCCGCAGUGCAAGCUUCAACUUGGAAGGUCGUUCCCUAACAUCCUGGAGUACUUCUCGUCACUGCGUUGUCGCCAGGGUGCAGGAUAUCAGCAUUGAACAGUUCAUGGAGAUCCGCAGCAAAGCUGGAGCCUUGCUGCUGGUGUUGCCCAAAAACGACACUGUUCUUACUGCUGAGGAAAAAGAGCACAUCCAACUCCUUGAAAUGGCAAUGAUCCAGCAAGAAGUGAGUGCCCCAGUCUACUUUGCCCGCUGGUCUCCGGACUUCGAGGAUAUUCUCCGAGACCUGCAGCACAGCUUCAUUACUGACGAUAAGUCAGGAACAGCUCUGGAAGCUAUGAUGAACUCUGUGUCUUCAAACGGAUAUCAGAUUGUGGUAUCAGCCUCGACGCCCGCUAAGCUGGACUCCAAGCCAGUCACCCUACACGGCAAGUUGGUUGGUCGCUCAGGAUCAGCACAAACUAUCGUCAUCGCCGCUCACUACGACUCCUCAGCUGCUGUUCCUGAGCUCUCUCAAGGCGCAGACUCCAACGCAUCAGGCGCGGUGGCAAUACUAGAGCUGGCGCGUGUGUUCUCCCGCCUGUACAGUAACGCGGCGGUCAGGGGCGCCCCCUCGCUACUGUUCGUACUGACGUCCCUGGGACACUCACUCAACUACUUCUCAGCCAAGAAGUGGCUCGAGGAACAACUGGAUUCUACUGAUGCUGCGUUGUUGCAAGAUGUAUCCUUCGUUAUGUGCCUGGACUCGAUAUCCUCAUCUCCUUCAAUGACGAUGCACGUGUCGAAGCCUCCCAAACCUGGCGGCGCGGCUCAUUCUAUCAAGUCACGGCUUGGAGUCAACAUCAACCAUAAGAAGAUCAACCUGGCUGAUGAGUUACUCGCCUGGCAACAUGAGAGAUUCAGUAUUAGAAGGAUGACUGCGUUCACACUAAGUUCCUUGCAGACCCACAAGGACCCAGCCCGCAGCACGCUACUAGACAGUCCGUCGGAGAGUGCCAUCAAGAACCUCGCCGACAACAUCGCGCUCACGGCCCGCGCACUCGCCUCGCACAUAUACAACCUCACUGAUGAACUCAACCAGGACGACGCUGACCUGUAUAAUGAUGCUUUGGGAGUGGACGAGGCGGCAAUUAGACAUUGGUACACUUACUUAUCCUCACAACCGAGAGCACCUCAGAUUGUCACCACAACACCUCCUAAUACAGGAGUGACCGGCGCCCUAGAGCGAGCCCUGUCUCGCUACAUGGAGGUCACAGUCAGCACUCACGCGGUGGACAAGAGGGAACCAGAGUACACGCUGUACGGACCUACUAGGGCGUCGCUCUAUGUGUAUAGUGUAAAACCAGCCGUCUUCGAUCUAAUACUUACGUUAGCAAUAGUGGCGUACCUAACUAUAGUCUACUUCGCUAUCCAAUUGUUCCCGCGAUUCUACGAAGAAUACGCGAAAAUAGUUACAGGUAAGUCCAAAGUACACUAG